AUGCCGAUCGAGAUUGUGUGCAAAAUCAAAUUUGCAGAGGAGGAUGCGAAACCCAAGGAGAAGGAGGCAGGGGAUGAGCAGAGCCUCCUGGGGGCUGCUCAGGGGGCAGCAGCCCCCCGGGACCUGGCCACCUUUGCCAGCACCAGCACUCUGCAUGGGCUGGGCCGGGCCUGUGGGCCAGGCCCCCAUGGACUGCGGAGAACCCUCUGGGCACUGGCCCUCCUCACCUCUCUGGCUGCCUUCCUGUACCAGGCAGCCGGCCUGGCCCGGGGCUACCUGACCCGGCCUCACCUGGUGGUGAUGGACCCCGCUGCCCCAGCCCCGGUGGCCGGCUUCCCCGCCGUCACCCUCUGCAACAUCAACCGCUUCCGGCAUUCGGCCCUCAGCGACGCCGACAUCUUCCACCUGGCCAACCUGACCGGGCUGCCCCCCAAAGACCGGGACGGGCACCGUGCCGCCGGCCUGCGCUACCCGGAGCCCGACAUGGUAGACAUCCUCAACCGCACUGGCCACCAGCUCGCCGACAUGCUCAAGAGCUGCAACUUCAGCGGGCACCACUGCUCUGCCAGCAACUUCUCCGUGGUCUAUACUCGCUAUGGAAAGUGUUAUACCUUCAACGCGGAUCCACAGAGCUCGCUGCCCAGCCGGGCGGGGGGCAUGGGCAGCGGCCUGGAGAUCAUGUUGGACAUUCAGCAGGAGGAGUACCUGCCCAUCUGGAGAGAGACAAAUGAGACAUCGUUUGAAGCGGGCAUCCGAGUACAGAUCCACAGCCAGGAAGAGCCACCCUACAUCCACCAGCUGGGCUUUGGCGUGUCCCCAGGCUUCCAGACCUUUGUGUCCUGCCAGGAACAGCGGCUGACUUACCUGCCCCAGCCCUGGGGCAACUGCCGAGCGGAGAGUGGGCUCAGGGAGCCUGAGCUUCAGGGCUACUCAGCCUACAGUGUGUCUGCCUGCCGGCUGCGCUGUGAAAAGGAGGCCGUGCUUCAGCGCUGCCACUGCCGGAUGGUGCACAUGCCAGGCAAUGAGACCAUCUGCCCGCCAAAUAUCUACAUCGAGUGUGCCGACCACACACUGGACUCCCUGGGUGGGGGCUCCGGAGGCCCGUGUUUCUGUCCUACCCCCUGCAACCUGACCCGCUACGGGAAAGAGAUCUCCAUGGUUAGGAUCCCCAACAGGGGCUCGGCCCGGUACCUGGCAAGAAAAUACAAUCGCAACGAGACCUACAUACGAGAGAACUUCCUGGUUCUCGAUGUCUUUUUUGAAGCCCUGACCUCUGAGGCCAUGGAGCAGCGAGCAGCCUACGGCCUGUCAGCCCUGCUGGGAGACCUCGGGGGACAGAUGGGACUGUUCAUUGGGGCCAGCAUCCUCACGUUGCUGGAGAUCCUCGACUACAUCUAUGAGGUGUCCUGGGACCGACUGAAGCGGGCGUGGCGUCGCCCCAAGACCCCCCUCCGGACCUCUACUGGGGGCAUCUCCACUUUGGGGCUUCAGGAGCUGAAGGAGCAGAGUCCCUGCCCAAGCCGGGGCCGUGCUGAAGGCGGGGGUGCCAGCAGCCUGCUCCCCAACCACCACCACCCCCACGGCCCCCCAGGAAGCCUCUUUGAAGACUUCGCUUGCUAG